GCUGCUGGAGUGCGGCGCCGCCGCGGAGACCUGAGCGGCCGGCGGGCGGGCUGGCUAGGGGGUGGCGGGGAGGAGGGCGCGGGGGGCCGCGGGGCGCGGGGCAGCGGGCUGCGGCGCUGCAGCCUCCCGAGGGCCAACCUCGCCGAGCCCGGGGCUGGGUCUGAGCGGUGGCGAGGCGGCAGCCCCGCGCACACCAAAGAGGAGGCGGCUGUGGCGGCAGCGGCGGCCCCAGCCAUGCUGUGCUAUGUGACGAGGCCGGACGCGGUGCUGAUGGAGGUGGAGGUGGAGGCGAAAGCCAACGGCGAGGACUGCCUCAACCAGGUGUGCCGGCGGUUGGGAAUUAUAGAAGUUGAUUAUUUUGGACUGCAAUUUACGGGUAGCAAAGGUGAAAGUUUAUGGCUAAAUCUGAGAAAUCGGAUCUCCCAGCAGAUGGAUGGGCUAGCCCCUUACCGGCUUAAACUGAGAGUCAAGUUCUUCGUGGAGCCUCAUCUCAUCUUACAGGAGCAGACUAGGCAUAUCUUCUUCUUGCAUAUCAAAGAGACCCUCCUGGCAGGCCACCUCCAGUGCUCCCCAGAGCAGGCAGUGGAACUCAGUGCCCUCCUGGCCCAGACCAAGUUUGGAGACUACAAUCAGAACACGGCCAAGUACAACUACGAGGAGCUAUGUGCAAAGGAGCUCUCCAGCGCCACCUUGAACAGCAUUGUUGCAAAGCAUAAAGAGUUGGAGGGGACCAGCCAGGCUUCGUCCGAAUACCAGGUAUUGCAGAUUGUGUCGGCAAUGGAAAACUACGGCAUAGAGUGGCAUUCCGUGAGGGACAGUGAGGGGCAGAAACUCCUCAUUGGGGUUGGACCUGAAGGAAUCUCGAUUUGCAAAGACGACUUCUGCCCAAUUAAUAGGAUUGCUUACCCUGUGGUGCAGAUGGCCACCCAGUCGGGAAAGAACGUGUACUUGACCGUCACCAAGGAGUCUGGGAAUAGUGUCGUGCUCUUGUUCAAGAUGAUCAGCACCAGGGCAGCCAGCGGGCUCUACCGAGCAAUAACGGAGACCCACGCUUUCUACAGGUGUGACACGGUGACCAGUGCCGUCAUGAUGCAGUACAGCCGAGACCUGAAGGGCCACUUGGCCUCUCUGUUUCUGAAUGAAAAUAUUAACCUUGGCAAGAAGUACGUCUUCGAUAUUAAAAGAACGUCAAAGGAGGUCUACGACCACGCCAGGAGGGCUCUGUACAAUGCUGGUGUUGUGGACCUUGUCACAAGAAGCGAGCACAGUCCUCCAAACUCCCCGCUGAAGUCCUCGGAGAGCAGCAUGAACUGCACCAGCUGUGAGGGCCUCAGCUGCCAGCAGACCAGGGCGCUCCAGGAGAAGCUGCGCAAGCUGAAGGAGGCCAUGCUGUGCAUGGUGUGCUGUGAGGAGGAGAUCAACUCGGCCUUCUGCCCUUGCGGCCACACCGUGUGCUGUGAGGCCUGCGCCACCCAGCUGCAGUCGUGUCCGGUCUGCAGGUCGAGGGUGGAACACGUGCAGCACGUCUAUCUGCCGACCCACACGAGUCUGCUCAACCUGACUGUGAUCUGACGUGCGGUGCACCUAACGGGGCGUGCCACGUUUCCACGGACUGCACUACUACUAAACUAUACAAAUGAUAGAUCGUGGAGAAGAUAAAUACUCCGACACCCAUCUGCCAUGCAACAUUUAAAAAAAAGA